AUGGACUGGGGAACUCUGCAGACUGUUUUAGGAGGUGUAAAUAAGCACUCCACCAGUAUCGGGAAGAUAUGGCUCACAGUCCUGUUCAUCUUCCGUAUCAUGAUCCUGGUUGUGGCUGCAGAGAGAGUCUGGGGAGAUGAACAACAAGAUUUUGUCUGCAACACACUUCAGCCUGGCUGCAGAAAUGUAUGCUAUGACCACUUUUUCCCCAUCUCUCACAUCAGACUCUGGGCCCUGCAGCUGAUCUUUGUCUCCACACCUGCGCUGCUGGUGGCCAUGCACGUGGCCUACACCAGGCAUGAGAAGAAACGGCGAUUCAGAAAUGGUGAGAAAAUUGAUAUUGAAGAGCUAAAAAAUGAAACGAUUCACAUCCGGGGACCCCUGUGGUGGACGUACACCAGCAGCAUCUUCUUCAGGAUCAUCUUUGAAGCUGUCUUCAUGUAUGUGUUCUAUUACAUGUACGAUGGGUAUCAGAUGCCCCGCUUGGUGAAGUGCGAUGCUUGGCCCUGCCCCAAUGUAGUGGAUUGUUUUGUGUCUCGGCCCACUGAGAAAACCACAUUUACUAUUUUCAUGCUUGCUGUGUCUGGGAUCUGCAUGAUGUUGAAUCUGGCUGAGUUGUGUUACCUAGUGAUAAAAAUUUGCAUGAAAGAAUCCAGGAAAACAACAGUUUUGAAAUAACUCCCCAGUUUCAGGAUGUCCUAGCUCCCCACUUCCCUUAAACUUUCUUAGGUGUCAGAGAACAAUAAGCAAUAUUUUCCACACUCAAGGAAAAGCAUAAAAAUGAAUGUUCAUUUGUGUUUAAAGAAUUAUGGCCUCCCUGGGAAGCUGCUACUGAUGCAGGUUUUAAAUAUCAUGAGCUAGUUCAGUGUUCCUGCAUUCAGAAAUAGAGGAACCUUCUGGCAGCAGCCUUUCCAAGUAUGCCUGCUGUUGGCCCUCUUGUUGGGACAGAGUCACUUUUCAAAAAGUGGGAGUGAAAAGGACCAGAGAAGACUCUAAUGCCCAAAGGAGAGCCAGGAAUCACAAAACCACUAUGUCAGCUCAGAGGGAAGCCAAUAACAAAGGGUUUUGGCUAAAAGUGGGGUAAAAGGUUUUUGUGGGACAUUACAGCUUGUGAAAAGGAAUAAGACAAGGGGUAAUUGUGUUUAUAGUAGAUAUCCUCUCUAAGUAAUCCAGAGAGCAAGGAAAUGGCCUAGGAACACAGGCACUCCAUGGCAAUGCAUGCUAUCAGUUCUGCUGGGCAACCAGCAAUGGCUUUUAUCUUUUUAUCUUUUCAUCUUCCUGCCUGCACUGAGAAGCAUCUCCUACAGGGUUGGAGAUGGCCAGUCUCAACUGCUUGUGAAUGUCAUUGGACCAGUGCUGCCUCCCCACAGUCACAGAUGCUGCAGCAGUGGGAGGAACAAAAUUCAUUUUUCAUUCUCUAGAUCAGGUGAAAAAAAGGACUGUCACUUCUGAGAAGGUGGAGGCAGUGCAACUGUCUUCCUCCUUCUCUUGUUCUCCCCUAAUACUUUGUGAAGAACCUCAGUACAGUAGACUGUACUCGAUGAAGAGACUUUUUACCACCUGACUGUGCCUCACUUAGCUGUGUACCUUUCAGAAGGGUUUUUUUUCAGUAAAAACAGAGAAAAAUUGCCUUGCUUCAUUUCUGUUUGUUAUCCAAAAGAAAUGCUUCAACUUACAGCAUGAUAUGGAGUGCUCCUUCCAUGGACCCCUUUUUCCUAUCCAACCUGCACAGCUUUGCUUCAUAAAACCUUUUCCCUAUCUGAUGUACCUUUCAAAUGAGUCAAGCAAACCACUCUAAUCUCUGACAUUCCACAUUGUGAGAUUAAAACGCCAUUCCUUUUCUUACAGUUGGUCUAGCAUAAAUUAGAGACAACUUGCAGAGCUAAAAUAGCGAAGUGAACCAAUCAGAAAUGAGGAGGAACUUGAUAUUUUUCUUAAAGUUCACAUUGUUGAGCUGUAAAUUGUAUAUUACUAAUUUGAAGAACUAUAUGAGUCGGUCUGGUCUUGUCUCAAAACAUAUUUUAUAUCUGUCAUAGACAUCUACACCAGCACAUACGGCAACACAGUUUUAUCUCCCAAGUGUGUGCUUAUUGAACCCACUUCUAGAAAGCUGGCUGUCUCUCCUCCUGAGCUUUAAUUACUGGCUUUUCCCUAAAAUGAAUAAUCACUAUCUCACCUUCUCUCUUUGCAUUCAUCUUUUACUGUAUGUUUAAAUUUGUCACUGUUGGAGUAAACAAAGCUGCAUGAAUUAAGGCCCAUGGCCCCUCACUGUGCACUGGAAGCGGAGCAUGAACAGGCUUCCGUUGCUUGUGAGCUACAUCCAGUGUUGCAACUUGUCUGCAGAUCGAAAUCUGUCAUCUAAGAGGGGAGCAAAGAAACCAUGAAAACACCAUCCUCAGAAGCAUGAACAAAAAGAUAGUCAUUCAUAAUGAGCUGGACUGGAAAC